AUGCCUGCUCUAGAAUUCGAUUGGCUUGAUUAUUUGGCUCCUGUCUUUGUUGCUUUAAUAUUUGUACUGCUUUUGCUUAUUAUUUCUUUUUGCUUUAUCAACUUCUUCUGUGUUACCAAGUAUGAUGAUCUGACUGUUUUCGAAAAGAUGGCAGCAAAGAGGAAUAUCCGUAUGGGACCUCAUACAGUGGCCAUAGUUAAAAGAGGUGGUUAUCCAUCUACCUACGCUCGAGAGGAAGCUGAAACAAGGCUUGUAGUAUAG